CAGAAGUACAAGGAAAAAAGCGAUAUUGUUAGUCUAAGUAUUAUUACCCUCGGGCUCAGUGCACUUUCACAUAUAGUCGAAAAUGCUGGGGAUACAUUACAUUCUGACCAACUUCGGGGAUGCAAUGAUUCAAUUCGUUUAGACUUUCCAGAAAUAGAUUCUAAUGGAACAGGAUCUUUAAAAUGGUGCAAGAGUCUCUGGCAAGCUCUCUUGACAAGACUUUCUGAUAGUCUAUCAAUAAUAUGUUUAUAG